GCCGGCGGGUGGCGCGUGUUGUCUUGUAGCUGCUUUCAGUUAAAGUUUAACCCUGGUGCUUGUGUUUUGUUUUUCCUCUGCGGUGUUCCUGACUCCAGGAGAACCCGUGUGUGUGUGUGUGAAGCAGGUUUCGCUGCUGUAGUGCGCCGCAUGGAGGCUGUUCUGCGGAAUGUGGCGAGCGCUGUGGAGCUGCUUGCGGUUUCGCAGACUGGCUUUGUGUCUGAGUGGGACUGUGAGGCGGUGGACAGGGCGUUCCGGUGGGCUCGGUACUGCGAACAUGUUCACGCUCGGUUCGACGCGGAAGCGGCAGCGCGCGGGGCUUUGGAGAGCCGUGUGCGCGAGACUAACCAGCUGCUGGCGCGCGCGCUGCCCGGGCACCGCCGCGUGGCUGUGUGUGACGUGGCUCGGUUCCGCCACAGGCUGCUGGGCGCUCUGCUGAAAAACCCCGCCACUCCGCACCCGGUUAUUAAAUCCCUCGUGGAGAAGUUUGGACUGGCGGAAGGUGAUCAGCAUGCUGACCUCAGCGCGUGCAGGUCAGCGUGGAAACUCCUGGGAGACUUUCCGCUGAACCGGAAGUGUGAUCCUGGCCUCACUGCUGGCGCUCAGGCUCGCACCAUGAUGCUCCUCCAGCGCGUCCAGGCCAUCCAGAGCCAACCAGGCCGCCAGGCAUACGCUACAGAAUUGCUGGAUUGUUUGUUAGAGGACAGUGGAGAAGAACGCAACAGCUUUUUGGCACUUCUAGCAGCUGCCCUUCUGUCAACAGACACCAUGAGUGAAGACACAGCAGCUCAAGACUUCCUGCUUGACUGGUUAGAAGGACAUGAUGACUUGCUGCACAGCAUGUGUCGGGUUUUACCUCCUGAACUAUGCCCCAGACUUUCUCAAAGAUGGCCAAAAUUUAGUCUCAGUUAUUGGGACAGUUUAAAAAAGUCAGCCUCAUCCUUAGCGUAUGAUGUGAGCAAUGGAUUAUGGAUGCAACCUUGUGACACCGCGCUGUCCUUUCAGAUGCUCGCAGAGCGCUUCAAGUCCUUAUGGAGCUCGCCAUUAAAAGAUGAGACCGAAGAACAGUUGGUCGCUCUUAAACAGGCCGAUGGCGACUUUGACGUUGAGGGACUGAGCGUGUGGACGGACCUGCUUGUACAGUUCCAGUGACAGCUCUCUUUUGAGCUGUUACAGAUGAAGAUGAAGUCGGUGGUGUGGUUAGAUAGCAGACAGGGGGAGACAGUGCUCUUUAACAGAUCUGCACAUUCUCUCCGACUGCAGAGAUGUAAUAUUACCAGAUUAGCUGUCAGAACAACAGACUGUAAUCUCGUUGUGUAUUAAAUUGGAAUAAAAGAUCCAUUUUAUUUACAUAA